UUUACAUAUAAUAUAUGAACUUUAAAUCGGAUUAUGUUUUAUUAAACAUUCUAAAAAUGCCGGUGCAAUGUCGUACUUGUGCAAGCGUCAUCUACAACAUGAACGCCAAGAAUCUAUUUGAGAUCGAGAACUCUGAAAUCCUAAUGAGCAUUAAAUUAGUAGCUGGAACCACGCUUGAAAGACGCCCAGAUCUACCAUCACACAUAUGCGCUUGCUGUAUGCUCGACUUAAAAGUGGCCGCAUAUCGCAUGAAAGUAUUCCGCGACCGCUGCAUCAAGACUCAAGAGGAACUGCUUAGUUGCAGCUCCCGUUUGGAGCAGCCCUUUGAGGAGGAAUACUCAGACAUUGGCUAUGAUGAUGAAGCGAAACAGGAACUUGACACUGACUACGACGAAUUGCCCAUUGCAAUUGACAAACUGGAGGAGAACGAAGUCAGCGAUGUUGAGGACGACGAGUUGAUUGAAUUUGAAGAAGACAACAACAAUCCAACUGACAUGGAAUCUGAUCUUAAUGAGGACACGAGUGAAGAUGUCGACUCUUUGAUUAAGAGCGUGCAAAACGAAAUUGACAACAUUUGCAGAUACAGCAGCGAUAGUCAAGAGACACUUGAAGACUUUCGGGAGCUCUCCGACAACGAUGACGACUGCAUGGACUUAUUUACAGACACUACUAAUCCCACAAUUUUCAACAACGUUCCGAAUAAAACGAUACACCAAAAAACUAAUAGAAGACCCAACAGGAAAAAAUGCAAACAGUUAUCGACUGAGAGCAAUUCGGAUGCGGCUGGACACGACAGCAACACAAUCCACAGAGUUAAGAAAACCUACACCAGUUGGAAGAAUCUGACAGAGGAGGAGAUAGUUGAACGCAGGCGGCAACGACGACGUGGUGACUAUGUCUGCGAUCAGUGUGGCAGGCACUUUAAUGACCAGAGCAACUUCAAAUUGCAUCUUCUUCGACACUCCGGUGUCAAAAACUUCAAAUGCGGUCAGUGCAGCAAACUCUACUACACGGAGCAUCUGCUUCAACUGCACGAGCGGAUCGUGCACCAGGGUGAGCGGCCUUAUGCCUGCAAAUACUGCGAUAAAACUUUCAACAGCAGCACCACGCGUGUAAUGCAUGAACGAUCGCAUACGAAUACACGUCCAUAUUCCUGUGACUAUUGCGGUAAAUCAUUUAUUUCUGCAUCUGGUCUCAAGCGACAUGAUUUAACUCACAACGGCGUUCGGCCAUACUACUGUUCCAUAUGCGACAAAUCAUUUCAAAGAAAUACUCAUUUGAAGGCCCACUUGCGUUCCAAACUACACGCUUCGAGAGAAACAAACAUCGGUUUAUAGAGUGAAUUCCAAGAGAAGAAAAAUGCGCUUAUGUUACAAAAAAAAAAAACAUUAGUAGUAAAAGACAAAAAUAAUCAUAUAGACCUUAAUAUUAAAUCGCUUGUGGAUAUAUUUAAUUCAACUUGCCAAUAGCAAAUCCGUUUCUAGAAAAAGAUUCAAAUGAUUUCACAGAGACCAACUCCUUUUGGUAUCCGUUACCCCACCAAUCUCCAGUUAAAGAAGUUCAAUCCUUCCAAACAGGUUAAUAUUUGUCAACCCAAAAGAGUUCCUCGUACUUUUUAUUUUAAGUAAAUAAAUCGCUUAUU